UGGUGGUGGCGGCGGUGGCGUGUCUACUGAAUGUGCUAACCUGGACGCACCUGUUUCGCACAGGCGGAUGAUCGGCCGGGCGUGCGGCGGCGGCGCCUGCUGAGCCGCGCGAUGCAGCGUGCCCGGUCGCUGUCGUCGCUGCCGCCGGAGCCGUUCAUGAUCAUGCGCAGCAAGGCCCUCAACCGGCGCGUGGUCAUCAACGUGGGAGGAGUGCGCCACGAGGUGCUGUGGCGCACCCUCGAACGGCUGCCGCACACUCGCCUCGGCCGCCUUCGCGAGUGCAACACGCACGAGGCGCUGGCCGAGCUCUGCGACGACUACUCGCUCGCCGACAACGAGUACUUCUUCGACCGGCACCCGCGCUCUUUCGGCGCCGUGCUCAACUUCUUCCGCACCGGAAAGCUGCACUUGGUCGAGGAGAUGUGCGAUGGCUUUAGCGACGACCUCGAGUACUGGGGCAUUGAUGAGCUCUACCUGGAGUCCUGCUGCCAGCACCGUUACCACCAACGCAAGGAGCACGUCCACGAGGAGAUGCGCAAGGAGGCCGAGUCCCUGAGGCAACGGGACGAAGAGUACUUCGGCGAAGGACGGCGAGCCCAGCUGCAGAAGUUCCUGUGGGACCUGCUCGAAAAGCCCACCUCGUCCCUGGCUGCCCGGGUGGUGGCAGUGCUGUCGAUCCUCUUCAUCAUCCUGUCGACGAUUGCGCUGACGCUCAACACGCUGCCCGAGCUGCAAGAGCGCGACCUCAAGGGCGAGGUGGUGGACAACCCAAAGCUGGCGCUGGUCGAGGCCGUCUGCAUCACCUGGUUCACGCUCGAGUACCUGCUGCGGUUCCUGUCGUCGCCCAACAAGUGGAAGUUCUUCAAGGGCGUGCUCAACGUCAUCGACCUGCUGGCCAUCCUGCCGUACUUCAUAUCGCUCUUCCUCACUGAGACGAGCAGCAAGAAGCAGGACCAGUUCCAGGACGUGCGUCGUGUGGUGCAAAUUUUUCGCAUCAUGCGCAUCCUGCGAAUCCUCAAGUUGGCCCGCCACUCGACCGGGUUGCAGAGCCUGGGCUUCACGCUGCGCAACAGCUACAAGGAGCUCGGCUUGCUCAUGCUGUUCCUGGCGAUCGGCAUCAUGAUCUUCUCCAGUCUAGCCUACUUUGCUGAAAAGGAGGUGGCCGACACCAAGUUCACCAGCAUCCCGGAGACUUUCUGGUGGGCAAGUAUCACCAUGACUACUGUCGGCUACGGAGAUAUCUGUCCGACCACGCCUCUGGGCAAGAUUGUCGGUAGCGUCUGCUGUAUCUGCGGCGUGCUCGUCAUUGCGCUGCCCAUCCCCAUCAUCGUCAACAACUUCGCCGAGUUCUACAAGAACCAGAUGCGCCGGGAGAAAGCGCUCAAGCGCAAGGAGGCGCUGGAGCGUGCCAGGCGUGAAGGCAGCAUCGUCUCCUUCCACCACGUCAACCUGCGCGACGCCUUCGCCAAGAGUAUGGACUUGGUCGACGUCCUUGUGGAUACGGCUCAUGGUGUUUCCCAGGGUGACGCCAUCAGCCUCGGUGAAGAGUCGGCGUCCCGCCUGAACGCUGGAUGCUUCCGCAACUACGAGCAUACGCUGGCGGCCAGCGGUGGCUGCUCGGGACCACCCGGAGGCGGAGCCCGGGGCGCGGCCGACCCCUUGCUGGUGCCGGAGCCGCUCAACUCCCUCAGCGGCAGCCGUCAGCAGGCGGCGGGCCAGACGCUGGCGGCAGCCUCGCCCGAGCUCAAGGAGUUCCUCGAAGGCGACUUCCGGGCCAACAUAGAGCUCAAGACUAUCAACCGCUGGGACGUCGGCAGCGUGGAGAGCUCGGACACGUACCUGUCCUGCGCCACGCAGCCGUUCGCCUCGCAGGCGGACCUGAGCCAAGAACCGAUGGCCAGCCUACAGCAGCCAGUGCAGCUGGUCCGACCACGGUUCCUCCAAGGCGUGCGCACCAAGGCCCGCUUCGACCCCGUGGACGCCACUCGGGCGCUUCGACCGGACACCAUCGAGCUGCCGCGGCCCGAGCCGCACGUCUUCGCGCCCUCGGCCACACACAAGGCGUCACCUUUCUCCAAAGUGAUGACGCUGUUCGGUGGCCAGUCGGGCAGGUACGGCGGCGCAGGAGACCCCGGCAUGCGGCCCGAGCAGCAUGCGGCAACGGCGAGCCGCGGAGCAGCCAAGUCCAUUCUGAAGAAGCCCGAGGAGCGGACCACGGCGUCAACGGGAACCGCGACCACGCCCAGCCUGGGCGCACUGUGUGUGCAUACAGUGGACGUGAUGUGUUCGCCCGUGCGUGCUGAGAGGACGCCCCUGCUCACCGCGCAAGAGGAUGGCAGCCCCGCAAGGGAGCCGCGCUCAUAGCCAGGGUGGCCCAGUGCGUGGAAGGUUCCGUAAAGGAGACAGCAGCAUCUCACGGUGCUUCCCGGGCGCCGUCGCGGGCGCCCUGACCCUUCUUCGGGGCCUCGGUGGGGAGCGCCACCUGUCUCCAUCUCCUCCGGGUCUCCCCACCGAGGCCCCAGGUGGCGCCACGCGAGCGCCCGGGAUGCCCGGAGGAGACCCCCAUCGUCAUCAACACCCGCUGCCCCAGCGGCAGCAGCCACCGACGAUGAUAUGUGUGACGUCAUCUUCUCGCUCAUGUACAUACCUCAUCGGACAGAAGCCAUUUCCACGUCUCGUUGUUUUCUAUUCACAUCUAGACUUCUCUCAGAUCACAUUCUUGGUGCGAAUAACGACGCUGCUCACUCACGCCUUCGUGUCACGCCGCAACCAUUUCUCUUGUGUGUGCCACGAAGAACGAUGGAUUUCUUCCGAAAGGGGAACGGACACGACUUGUUUUCGCAUUAGCGGCCGCCAGUGAAGGGCUUCAAACAUUGCUGCUGGCAGCAAUGACAUGUUGUGCUUUUUCUUUGUUUUUUUUUCUAUUUGACGUAGCUCAAUUGCACCGUUAGCGACACCACAAAUGGCAAUCUUCAUUAAGCCUAAUACGCCACGUGCCACUGACUGCCCGAGUUGAUUUUGAGUGUCUCGGACCGUGCCUCGGUCGCUGCCUAGCAAAGGACUCGGCACAGGCGGACCGACGACGGCCAUCUUGCUAUACGAUCACGUUGGCGAAUACAGUUGCACAUAGUGUGCGGAUACGUUAACCAUUUUUCGCUGCAAUGCCGUAUUUAAAUGUUUGCAGCCUCAUGAGCUGUCCGAUCGGGUGACUAUGGAUACCGUUAAAGAUUACGUUACGCUGGGUUGUUCUCUACUGCCGCGUUUUUUUUUUUUUUUUCAUUCGUAAGUACAAUAUCGGUGGCGCUUGCGAGUUUGAAAACCGCGCCUUUCACGCUUACCGGCUACUCACAGCGUGUUUGUCACAAGCCCGUUUUUUCCGGUGCGAUGCAACUUUUUGAGCAUGUGUUCGCGAGUGUUGUAUGCAAGUGUAUAGAAGAAAUAGCUACCGGUUGUGAGCCAUCCGCAACGUCUAUGCAUUGAAAUUCGUUGGUCGGUCUGCACAGUGGCGGCACGGCUUCAGGACGCCGCCUACGCGGAGACAAAAUCGCGCCGCACCCGAGACGAGCAUAGAAACGCUAUGAAACGCUGACAGGGCGAGCUAACGUGCUGACGUAUGAUCGAUCUACACUUGCAGCUUUGAAAUUUCAAAAAAUAAUUGGUGCAUGAAGAACGUAGUCGCGGAAUCUCCUCGCAUCACGUGAUCUUCCUCCGCGUAUUCCUGAUGUGUUCUCCUGCGGUGCACGAUUGACUAUCCUCGGCUUAACGUGACCUAACACGUCUCAUUUUUAUCCGUCGGGGUCCUGCUGCGAAAGGUGCUAUGAAAUUCAAUUUUCGAAGGCCGACUCAUUUUAGGGAAUGAAUGCUACAGACUGACGGGAACAAGAUUCGCGCACAGGGUCAACAAUUCUUUUUCACUCUACGUGUACGCCGGCAUCGCGCUGGCUUCGACGUAAAAAGCUCUCAUCGCUUUUUGUAAGCGCGGCUUUGUGAAUGCUAGCACGAGCAUUUCAUAGAUGCUUGGCCGCAUCCCGCUAAUCUACGGGGUCAAGCUCAAAGGCUUAAGACAUGCUCGUCUUGCUCUUUUUGUGUACAGCGCAGCCACUUUUGUCUGCGCAAAAUUUUCCGCCGCUAUGUUUCCUGCCACUUGACACUCAAAAACUAAAGUUCCUUCCGUCCUUCUGCACAUCUUCAGUGGCGCGCUGUUACGUAUGUGUCCCGGUUCGUUUUGCGUAUGCGGUCGAGGUAUCUUGAGUUUCUGUCCAUGUGACACAGCGCAAAGAAACGUCGAAUGGACGUCGCAUCAAUUUCAUUCCAUUCAUGAAGAGCGCGUAUCUUCGGCUGUGUAAAGGUGCAACACGUAGCAGCGCAUGUUUGGAGAAACCUAUUAAAAUUAACUAUGUUCGAAGUAGGCAGAGGAAUAAAAUUUCGUUAGUGAAACAUGGAAUUCGCCUGUCGAGAAGAUCGGUGAAUCCUUGCGACGUUAACUAAAUUACGUGGUACUCGUACCGUAACUAAAAAAAAAACUGUAGAAAGGAGAGGAUGUACGCUUGCGAUGGAAAGAUAUGUAAACAGAGGUUCUAUGCUCAAGCCGACGUUGCGACAAGUGGACUUGUCUUCUAGCCUCGAAGUCUAGCCUAGACUAGAACUAAGCUAAAA